GCGAGGGUUACAGCUCAGUGGUGAUCAAGCUGCGCUUCUGUACAGUCGAAAGUCUUGCACCGUGUGACGUUCGCUGAAACUGUUGUGACUACUUUUUGCAUUGUAGAUUUGUGGAGGCUGUUCGCUAUAUUGAAACCUUGAGUCCAGUUAGCUACAGCUGUUGCGAUUUUUUUUCUGAGACUAGGAAUUUCUUUGGCAGAUUUGACAAGUUUUGGUAGAAGACAAGAUGCUCGCCAGCUCAGCAAUGGAGAUGCAGGUUGAGGAGGCUCCCCUGGCCCUGCAGCGUUUGUGGAACCUGACGCGCGCUCGUCUCGCUGGUACAUCCACCGCUCUUGACGUGGAACCGGCUUUUGGCGAAUCUUUGCCACCGGCUCAGGAGCUUGAGGUGACCCAGAAGGUGUUACUGCCCGCUCCUAGUGAUUAUGAAAGCGAUGGCGAAGAGGCGUUCCCGGAGUUAGAAAUUCCUGAGGCAACUGAUGUCCCCAACAAGGGCUUCUGGUCAGAGAGUGCGUACAAUAAGGAGGUAGUGCUGGACGCCAGCACGCUGGGCGAUGUCCCCGCCGUGUACCGCGUGCCGCAGCCCGCGCUGCACCAGAUGCCCGUCAUUGGCGUGUACAUCGACCCCCGCGUCAGAACCGGCUUCCGUUACAAAGUCAGACCGAUGCAGACUCUGGAUGCUGCACCUCUAUCGGUGAAGCCGAGGUACUUGUUCGGAGGCAAGGCCCUAACUCUGCAAUCAAUCGGUCGCGGAUAUGCCCGACGCCUAACAUUUGAGCCUGUGGGCUCCAAGCUCAAUGAGAACGACAACUUCUUUUGGACUGACUCCAGACCCGAAGGAUUUUUGUUUGAAAUUGAGGCUGUUUCUGUUGGAGACAAGUUUACAAUUUAUGAUGCUAAUCAUGAACCGCAGGGAAUUUUAGAAGUGGUUCAGCAGCAGAAAAAUCAAAUUGAAAUUGAACAGAAGAUUCACGACAAUGGAUCCAUUGACAAGAAAAUUAAAAUCAAUACCCUCUGCAAAGUGGAGUGGUAUGAAAAUGACGGUGCUGUUAAACUGGUACCAGUGACUGGUGUGGCCAUUUUAAAGAAGGGCAGAGGAAACGCAACUGUAUCUAGAGUAGUUAACGUCGCCAUUGGCAUCAAACAGCUCAGGAAGGGUUACGAACUCAAGCCUGGCAUUGAAUCGUCCUCCAGAAGGGUGACCGUCAAUGGUGGUGAUAUUAAAGACAUUCCUUGCCAGUAUUGCAUUGUUGGCUUAGAGAAAUAUGAACUUCCCGUUAUCGGGACCUAUGUUGAUCCUCGCAUCAUUCCUGGUUUCUACUACCGUGUUCGCCCAGCCGGCAGCAGGAGGCAUCUCUUCGAAGGUCGUAGUUUGUUGCUGCAGUCUAUCGGCAUGGGAUAUGGAAAACGCAUUACCUUCAAACCUGACACUCUCAAUGAGCCAGAAAACUAUUUCUGGUCCGACUCGCAUCCUGAAGGUCUUGGUGUAGAAACUCGUGCCAUUCAUCCGGGCAUGAAAUUCACCAUCACUGGAAAUGGGGGUCUGUUGGGUGAAGCCAGCGUAUUCCGUGCCGAUUUGCCACAAGCUGAAGAGAAGACAGAAUAUGUGGAGAUCCCAGGGAAGCGGGGCAUGGCAGUAGAGAAAUAUAUCCAUGUGGACGUCACAUGCCACGUGAAGCUGGCAACCACAGGAGGCGGCUCCGCAGACUCUGAAGUGCAUCUUAUGAAGGUGUCAGGAGUGGCCCUGGUACGCAAGGAACCAGGCCAGGCCGUCGCCAAACUAGUGAAGGUCUUUAACGUGGGAUUGGAUUCACAACUGAACCUGUUGUUCGCUCACUCACAGACCGAGCUCACCUUCCAUCCACUGCCCUAAAUAAAUUACGAGGUCCGAAUGGUGUUGCAAUACCUGUGACGGUAGUCGCCUCACACUUAGGUAUUGUAAUACUAAAAACCUACCUGGCGCGACAUAGGUUUCGUCAAAUGCCAAUCGAUUGGUCUCGAGUCUGCAACCGAGAAAUGGUCUGAUAUGUAAGACCGAUGCUGCUUGCGAUUCGGUUGUACACUCGUAUCAGCUGCUUGCUGAGAAGUAUAACUUCGAGCUGUUCAUCAUCAAGCUCUAGAUUUACCAUCAACGCUGUGAAGACUGCUAUAGUAACGACACAAAUUAAGGAUUCCAUUAUUCACUAUAUGUAGGCAUCCGUCACAUAAUGGAUCCCACCGCCUUGAUAUAAAAUACUAAGGCAUAAUGUGUCUGAUUUCGAUGUUACUAUAAGUAAUUUCCAAAAGCAAAGAUUGAUCAGUAUUUUAAUUUUAUUCAUUCGUAAUAAUUUGUUUUACAAUCAAAUUAGAAUUUUGAAAUUUUGUACCGGAGAGAGUAGUAAAAGACUAGUGUUAACGUAAAAAUGAGUUAUUACUGUUUCAGGACAUAAUUUAAUUUUGUUAUUUUCUUCUCGAAGAUUGUAAACAUUUAUCAAUAAAUCUGAAUAUUUUAUUUAAA